UCGAGAGAGCCAUAUCGCGCCGCUCUCACAGCUCUCGUACCGGUGAUCCUCGUGAGAAACUGUAUUUUAUUAGUUUCAAAAAAUCGAUCGUCGCGUCUCGUCCCUCCUCCCCCCCCUUGUGCAAGUCAUUUGAAAGUUUGACAGAUGUGUGCGGCGCACCGUUCUCCAAGUUUUUUGUCAAAUCACCAGGUCACGUUAGAUUAGAACCACCUUGUUAAAGGUGCUCGGAGCACGCGUAUCUUUCGAAGUUUUCCUCUUGUUUACAUUUGAGAAAUCUAUUGCAAAAGUAUUAAAAAAAAAAAAAUUGUUACUUUCUCGUUGGGGGAGGAGAAAGGCGCUCGAUCGAUCGAUGUAUCGUCUCGACCGAAUUGGGAUCGACGGUUACACGCUCGCGGAUGUUUGAAUAAACAAACAGGAAAUACAAGUUGAGCCCAACGUCGCUCGUGGUAGACGUCCACACAAGGGAAUCAUUAUUGCACAAGCACGUUGUGCGGUUCGUGCACGUGCGAUAAACGUUUUAUCUGCCGUUUUAUCAAAAUCCUUUCCCGUGGCUACGCGGGACACGAGGAUCGUCUUCGAGAAAAUAUAUAUUGUUGUUUGCGGGGGAUCCACAUACACGCACACACACACACACACAGGAAGUGAAUGUUUACCGGCAUAAAGGAGAAACGAUGAGCUCGGUGACAUUUCGUGCAAAUGUCCCUUGUCGCGUUCGCUUGCUGAAUAAUUCAACUCUCGACUAAUACCACGAUUUAUAUCUCGCUUUGUUAGAAGAAACCGAUCGUUCUCUCGGUUUGCGCGUACAAGUGACAAGUGCGAGCUCGGUUCUCUCUCGGACGUGGUGCCUGGACUCCACCGAGUUCAUCACGCGCGGCGUAAAAACUCGAUCGUUCCCACGUGAGUCACCGUUGGAUCUUCAUCAUCAACGCGAUCAAAUGGAACCCUUUCGCGAACGUUUCAGAUGCCUUUUUUAUAAAGUGACUCUCGUCGAAAGAAGCUGUACACUUACGAUGGGCAAGCUUUUGAGUCUUCUGGCUCGAGACGAGUCUACCUGUUGCACACCUCAAAAGUACGACGUGUUUCUGGAUUUUGAGAACGCGCAACCAUCGGACAUCGAGCGCGAGACGUUCGAGGCGGUCCAGAGAGUGCUGAAAAAUUCAGAAUCAAUUCUGGAAGAGAUACAGUGCUACAAAGGGGCCGGAAAAGAAAUCAGAGAGGCAAUAUCGGCACCCACGGAGGAAUGUCAACGAAAAGCUUAUCUGACUGUGGCGCCCCUUGUCGCAAAACUCAAACGAUUUUACGAGUUUUCCUUGGAACUCGAGAGAGUCGUGCCGAAAAUUUUGGGACAACUGUGCUCGGGAAACCUAUCGCCAACACAACAUCUGGAAACCCAGCAAGCUCUGGUUAAACAACUUGCUGAGAUACUGGAGUUUGUGUUGAAGUUUGACGAGCACAAAAUGAAAACGCCGGCAAUACAGAACGACUUCAGCUACUACAGAAGAACGUUGACGAGGGCGUCUCUGGCGCACCAGGACAACGCCGAGAAGGAUCUGAUCGUCGGCAACGAACUCGCCAACCGAAUGUCCUUGUUCUAUGCCCACGCGACACCCAUGCUUCGAGUUCUGAGUCACGCGACCAUUACUUUCUUGAUGGACAACGAAGACAUAGCCAGGGAAAAUAUUACAGAAACACUCGGUACAAUGGCAAAAGUGUGUCUUCGAAUGUUGGAAAAUCCGAAUCUGUUGGCGCAAUUCCAACGAGAGGAGACUCAGCUCUUUGUUUUAAGGGUUAUGGUAGGUCUGGUGAUCCUCUAUGAUCAUGUACACCCCCAAGGUGCCUUUGUAAAGGGUUCGAAUGUGGAUGUCAAGGGUUGUGUGAAGUUGUUGAAGGAUCAGCCGCCUUGUAAAAGCGAAGGACUUCUGAAUGCCCUUCGUUACACAACAAAGCACUUAAACGAAGAAAACACCCCGAAAAAUAUAAAGAAUCUGCUCGCCGCAUGAUUACCAAAGCAAACUGGCUGUUGUAUAAGAAGCUAAACAUUGCAUUGCUAAGUCAAAGAUCGUUCAAAAAAACGAUCCACAAUGCAACCUUCCCUUAGAAAGGUUCAAUGACAUUUAAACUUCACUUCGGCUUCUAGUAGAGGUCCAGCAUCCCUACCGUCUUGUUUAUUUCAGUUAGGAAAUAGAAGGUUCCGUUUCUCAAACGUUUUUCAAACGAAAUGUCCUUUUGGUCCUAUUGAUCCCCAUCAUUCGUUUUUAAUGUGACCACAUCAAAAUACAUAUGUUAUACUAUACACAUAAGAGAAGCUCACAUAUAAACUCUAUAACAAAGGUUGAAAAAAAGUUGUUCAAGUUAUUCGGAUACUAAAGUUUCGAAUAAACGAGAUUCCAUAUAUCACAAAAGUUAACUACUAGUUUUACACACCUUUUCAACAGAUUUUUUUCAACUCUAUUUAGAACCGAAAAUGUAUGGCAUCAUUCCCCAUGACGAUACCAUGCUGUUCGACAACUGUCCGAGAAUCAUAAAGUCUUCGAAAAUGAAUUAUUUACUGAAGCGGUAACGUAAUAACAAUCGAGUUGACGAAAACAUUCAGUCGUUGCGUGUUUAUUUCGCAAGUUUCCUAUGUUAUUUUGAAAAUACAUGUGAGCGAUUAUUACUGUCAUUGCAUUGAUAUCAUCGUAAACGAGAUGUUGUCUUGUCGCGGAACGAAUCUGUUGUGUAUAUCCAUCAAGUGGUUUUAUUUGUAAGUUUGAAAUUAAUGUUUUAGUUGCGCGGAACACAUUUAAACAAUGGAAUUUUUACAGCAGUGCGACUUUUUUUAAUGCGAUAUUUUAAUCAAAGUCGUCGUUUUAUCAUGAUUUGCAUCCGAAUAUAGAAUAAGAAGUUAGAGCAUAUCAUAGUGUAUUUAUAGAAUAACAUGGAAAAUGUGAACUUUCUUGAAGGUGUUACACAAAGAGAGAGAAAAAGAGAGAGAGAGAGAGAGUUUUAAUCACGUUACAGAUGGAGAGAUCUUUAGCUCUUGUUUUCUUUGUUGAAUGGAGGGCGAGAGGGUGGAUUGCGAGACUGCGAGGUUUUGUAAGGUCGAAUUACUGCCAGAUCACCGAUGAUCAACAAUCUCAUUUUAUCGACACGUUCACAUUUUUAUCUCCGCAUUUCUUUAUUAUUGUGUGAUCUGGAUUUAAUUAACAUCUGAACACACUCCUUUUAUACAAUCUUUUUCUUCUAAAUGUUUAAAGAGAACCAAAGAUGUGCUUUUUUAGCGUAUUUAAAUAAGUUAAAAAAUCAGAGAUGUGAUUUUACCACUACUGUGUAUCAUUAUUAUUAUUAUUAUUAUUAUUAUUAUUAUUAUUAUUAUUAUUCUCAUUAUUAUAUAACGUUAUAUAGGAAUGUUCUCUAUUUAUAGUGACAAGCCAAGUUCGCACACGCCGCGAUACAUGUUAAGCAAUGUCGUUCACAUAUUAAUCUUCCAAAUAUUAUACGUAUGCAAAAUAUACUUGUCGUCGCGCAAUAAUUGUUUUGUAUUUUACUUUUCCGAUAUUUUUCAAAUUUAUAUUUUUUACGUGAAUUUCAAGGAUUCUGUAAAACUCAUAUAGUUUCAGAUUUUGAAAAAAUCACCGACGGAUAUUGUCAUAGAAACAAAUUGUUUGAAGAAAAAACAAUUUAUAACAAACAUGUAGGAUUUUUUAAAAAUAUAUAUACAUGUCAAGGAAUCAGGAAAAACUUCCUCAGGAGUUUUCGAACUGACCGUAGCACAAAACAUCUUCUUGUACGUUUUUUUUAGAGAUUAAAAAAAACAAAAACUACUUUGAAGACUGCUUGGCGAUUUUGAUGAAUACCGUGGAGAAUCCUGCUGUGUGUGUGUGUGUGUGUGUGUGUGUGUGUACAUAUUACUUACAUCUGACUAAAGUGAUCACACUUUACACGUAGAAUUUUAACGUGAAACGUUCGUUACUAGCGAACUCUACAAAUAUAUUCGUGACUCUGUAUAUAUAGAUUGUUACUAUGUAUUAUUGACACUUGCAGAUAUUACUGUUACAUUGGCACUCUCCAUUGACAAGUGCCCUGAAUUUUACUGCCUUGAUAAUUUUUAAGAAAAAAACUAUUAAAUUAAACAGUAUUCAGUUAUUUUCACGAACCAAUUUUAUUGUAUUGAUUUAUUUCUUAACAUUCAAUGUCAAUUAACACGAGAAUAUUGUCGCACAUAUUAUAUACGUAUAUGAUUGUACUUGAAUUAAAUUAAAGUCUCUUAA